AUGGCAGGCCUGAUGCUCCUGGGCCUCAUGGCUUUCUUGGGCCUUGGAGCAGGUGCCCCAUUGUGCUUAUCCCGGCAGCUCAGGAUGCAAGGGGACUAUGUGCUGGGCGGGCUCUUCCCCCUGGGCACAGCUGAGGACACAGGUCUCAGUGACAGGACACAGCCCAAUGCCACCGUUUGCACCAGGUUCUCGUCCCUCGGCCUGCUCUGGGCGCUGGCCAUGAAGAUGGCGGUAGAGGAGGUCAACAACAGGUCCACGCUGCUGCCAGGACUGCGCCUGGGCUACGACCUCUUUGACACAUGUUCGGAGCCCGUGGUGGCCAUGAAGCCCAGCCUCAUGUUCAUGGCCAAAGCGGGCAGCUGCGACAUCGCCGCCUACUGCAACUACACGCAGUACCAGCCCCGUGUGCUGGCAGUCAUUGGGCCACACUCAUCUGAGCUCGCCCUCAUCACCGGCAAGUUCUUCAGCUUCUUCCUCAUGCCUCAGGUCAGCUACGGGGCCAGCACCGACCGGCUGAGCAACCGGGAGACGUUCCCAUCCUUCUUCCGCACGGUGUCCAGCGACCGCGUACAGGCAGUGGCCAUGGUAGAGCUGUUGCAGGAGCUUGGCUGGAACUGGGUGGCUGCGGUGGGCAGCGAUGACGAGUAUGGCCGGCAGGGCCUGAGCCUCUUCUCCAGCCUGGCCAAUGCCAGGGGCAUCUGCAUUGCGCAUGAGGGCCUGGUGCCAUUGCCGCACACGAGUAGCCUGCGGCUGGGCACUGUCCAGGGCCUACUGCACCAGGUAAACCAGAGCAGCGUGCAGGUGGUGGUGCUUUUCUCUUCCACUCGCGCUGCCCGCACCCUCUUCAGCUACAGCAUCCACUGCAGGCUCUCGCCCAAGGUUUGGGUGGCCAGUGAGGCCUGGCUGACCUCAGACCUGGUCAUGACGCUGCCUGGCAUGGCUGAGGUGGGCACCGUGCUUGGCUUUCUGCAGCAGGGCGCCCCAAUACCCGAGUUCCCAUCCUAUGUGCAGACCUGCCUGGCCCUAGCUGCUGACCCUGCCUUUUGCGCCUCACUGGAUGAGGAGCAGCCGGGCCUGGAAGAGCACGUGGUGGGGCCCCGCUGUCCCCAGUGUGACCACGUCACUCUGGAGGCUAUGUCUGCAGGGCUGCUGCACCACCAGACCUUCGCGGCCUAUGCAGCCGUGUAUGGCGUGGCCCAGGCCCUCCACAACACACUGCUCUGCAAUGCCUCGGGCUGCCCCCCACGGGAUCCAGUGCGGCCCUGGCAGCUCCUAGAAAACAUGUACAACUUGACCUUCCAUGUGCGUGGCUUAGCGCUGCAGUUCGAUGCCAGGGGGAACGUGAAUAUGGAUUAUGACCUGAAACUGUGGGUGUGGCGGGACCUGAAGCCCGAGUUGCGCACUGUAGGUGCCUUCAACGGCCGCCUGAAGGUCUGGCACUCCCAGAUGUCCUGGCACACGCCUGGGAACCAGCGGCCCGUGUCCCAGUGCUCCCGGCAGUGCGGGGAGGGCCAGGUGCGCCGUGUGAAAGGCUUCCACUCCUGCUGCUACGACUGCGUGGACUGCAAGGCGGGCACCUAUCAGCGCAGCCCAGAUGACCUCCUCUGCACCCAGUGUGACCAGAACCAGUGGUCCCCAGACCGGAGCACACGCUGCUUCCCCCGCAGGCUCACUUUCCUGGCAUGGGGGCAGCCGGCUGUGCUGGUGCUGCUUAUACUGCUGGCUCUGGCGCUGGGCCUGGUGCUGGUGGCCCUGGGGCUCUUUAUUAGGCACCGGGACAGCCCACUGGUUCAGGCCUCAGGGGGGCCACGGGCCUGCUUUGGCUUGGCCUGCCUGGGCCUUGUCUGCCUCAGCGUCCUUCUGUUCCCUGGCCAGCCGGGCCCUGCCAGCUGCCUGGCCCAGCAGCCACUGCUUCACCUUCCGCUCACUGGCUGCCUGAGCACACUUUUCCUGCAAGCGGCCCAGAUAUUUGUGGGUUCAGAGCUGCCAUCAAGCUGGGCAGAUCAGCUGCGUAGGUGCCUGCAGGGGCCCUGGGCCUGGUUGCUGGUGCUGUUUGCUUUGCUGGCGGAAGCGGCAUUAUGUGCCUGGUACCUGGUGGCCUUUCCACCAGAGGUGGUGACAGACUGGUGGGUGCUACCCACGCAGGUGCUGGUGCACUGCCGAGUGCGCUCCUGGAUCAGCUUUGGCCUAGUGCAUGCCAUCAAUGCCAUGCUGGCCUUCCUCUGCUUCCUGGGCACGUUCUUGGUGCAGAGCCAGCCAGGCCGUUACAAUGGUGCCCGGGGUCUCACUUUUGCCAUGCUGGCCUACUUCAUCACCUGGAUCUCCUUUGUCCCUCUCUUUGCCAAUGUGCAUGUGGCCUACCAGCCCACUGUGCAGAUGGCCGCCAUCCUCCUCUGUGCCCUGGGCAUCCUGGCCACCUUCCACCUGCCCAAGUGCUACCUGCUGCUACAGCGGCUGGAGCUCAACAACCCGGAGUUCUUCCUGGGAGAUGAUGCCAGAGGACAGGGGAGUAGUGGUAGUGGGGGGAAGGAGACUUAG